CGUACUCGCUUUAACUGCGUUGGGCCACCGGGGAGCGGUAAACGCACCGCUAUUGAAGUGAAUGAACGGCGGUGACGCACAAGCUUCACGAACGAACCGGAUCAGACAGACUCUCGCGUGUCUUGUCACUGUUAUCUGUGCCUGUCAGCGUUACCGGAGUCGGUUGUUCAUCCAAGCUUUAACGAGUUUCGUCGCCUUCAUUUUUUUGCAGUGUACGUGAGCGUUAAAGUGCAGAAGAGAAAACGGGAGGCAUGUGAAGUUACUGUCACUUUCACCAGAGAUGAAGAAUUCAGUUGAAGAUGAGUGCGCUGAUUCGGGAGCGGAGACCGGAGGCUGUGAACGAUGAAAAGAUGCAUCCUGGUUUGUUUAUAGGUCUGACUACAGUCUUAUGUCAUCAGCAAGCAGUUCAAGGUUCACGGUAUUACCGCAAGCACACUAUUGCGAAGUUCUGUCACCUUCCUCCUGAUGAUCCUCCGUUUACCUCCCCUCCUCCACCCGAGCUGCCCCCGCCACCUCCUCCCCCAUACGGCCGCGGGCCCGCCUCCUAUCGAAAUCGCCGUUAUCACCGGAACUCAUCGCGUUCGCGGACCCAGACCCUUCCGUCUCCGGUCGCCUCCAGGACGCCCACACUGUGCGAUCAGGAAGGCCGCAUGCAGAGGCUCCAGAGGGAUGUGGAGCUCUUACGGGCCGGAUGGACAGGCCACCGCACACAGUCCCUCUUUUCUCUCCCUACAGACGAGUCCCGCUCCUCGUGUGCCUCUCCGUCAAGCUUCCGUCCUCGCUGCUUCUCUUCAAUGGCUGCUCCAAUUUUCCGUGUCAAUGUCGAUACGCUAGUGGGAGCCGAAGAGACGGAUGUGGACACGGGACAGACCAUCAGUGGCAGCUCUGUGGACCUAUCGGUGGUCUCAGGUUAUUCCCAUCCACAGCUGAGGCCCCAUUUAAAGGCCCCAGCACUGCGGCCCAAGUCUGCUCCUCCAACAGAUGGAGGUCUUGACUUCGCUGAUCUGACCUAUAAUAAUGCCUCCUCCAUAAGACAGACUCCUGUGCCGUCUAGAGCACAGAGCAUCUCUGCAAAAUCCACACCUUGUGUUGUACACGAACCACAGCUAAAGAAUGUGAAAGAUGUGUUGCAGGACAAAGGGCAGCAGAACAGCAAUGGCAUUGUGACAGUAGAUGAUUGUAGUCAAGAAGGCAUUGCGGAGGAAGAGCAAGAAUUUUAUAUCUGACACAUGCAGGACAAUCAUCUCAUCAGCAUGUAUGCGGGUCUUAAAGAGGGAAUUUUGAGGUCUUCUAUAAUUGCAAGCAGCUGAAUAUUAAAAUGUGGAAAACCCUUAAACCGAUGUUCACCCAAAAAUGAAAAUUCUUUCAUGAUUAACUCGCUCUCAUAUUGUUCUAAACUCGUAAGACUCGCAUGAAACACAAAAUUAAGACAUUUUAAUGAAACCUGAGAUGGUUCAUUGAAAGUCCAGGUAAUCAAAACCUCAAGUCAUAAAGGUGUUGACAAAUAAUUGCAGUUUAAUAAGUCUUGUGAAGAGGUAAGGUCACGUUAUAUGAGUAGAUUUAAUUAGGCAUUUAUUCACAUGAAAACACAUGGUAAACAUUUAAGCUCAAAUAUGUGCACACACAUGUGCAUUGACUUUCAAUGGAGGGACAGAAGCAUAGGUUUAAUUAAAAUAUCAAAAUUUGUGUUCCGAAACGGGUUUGGAACGACAAGAGGGUGGGUCAAGGAUGACAGAAUUUUUUUGGGUGAACUCUAUUUAAGCUUUUGUUCUAUAGUGCAUUUGUUUUAUUAGCAACAGGCCAUGCUUAAGAAUGUGCAUUCAUAAUGAAUGACUUUAAGACUGAAUCAAAUUGACUUGUGUUUGUUGUAUGUUGUGGUAUUCUGUAAUGUUUCAUAAUAGUUGUAAUAACAAAGGGGCUUCAUUGCUUAUGUCAGAGAGCUCAGCGAAGAAUAAAACUCUGCCACCUAGUGGUUGAACAUAGUAACUACACAGGAGCUAGACACUUGAGUCAUGAGGCAGGUCGCUCAUUAUUAGAGAAAAGAUUGAAAUCUCCACAGUUUGUACAGUUUCACAAUUUGUUCCGUGUAAGAGUUUAAGAAAAUGUUGUGUUUCUGACCUAAAUGUAAUGCUUUACAUUUUCACACGUUUUAAAUUAUAUGUAAAUAUUUUGUUUUAAUGACCUCUCAGUGACCUGUGCAAAACAUCACUGAUUAUAUGGAUAGACAAGAAAAUAAUCAAGGAACUCAUUGAUGUCUGCAUUUACAAAUAUAACAUUAUGGUGUGAAUUACUUGCCGUUGAUGUUGUAAAAACAAAACCCAAAUAAUUAUUAUGGUUACUAUAGGGGUUAGCAGCUGUUUCUCUGAGGAAAAAUACAUAAAUAAAUAAUGAAUUGUGGGAAGUCGCAUACUUUUACAACAAUUGGUCCCUGGGUCGUGUUAUAAAUUGUUUAGAAAUUCUUUAUCCAAGUGCAUUGCAUCUUGUGCAUAAUGUUGCCAAUAUGCUCACAAGUCUUACACUUCAUUGUAAAGGAAUAUGCAGACGUGUUAAUCAAACCAUUACUAUCAGUUACCUAUAUAAAUCUUACAAUUCUUUUCAAAGCUUGGUUCAGUUUAGAGUCAAAGGUCAAAGAUGUUCAUGUUUCAUUACAAUCAUGUAACACGAACACAUACAGGACAGCCCUUGUGAGUUGCCCCUCUCUCAGUGCCAGAUCACUCCCCAUGCGUUCCCAGCUAAUCCCAUGAGCGUACCUGGCACAUCGCUACAGCGAUACCGCCUCUCAGUGCUACUGCGCUCCGGCACUGGACUGGGAUUCUGUUAAUCCGGUCCAGCAGCCAUAGAGGGCAGGAGGGGUGAACGACAGCGAGCACUAGUUCCCUGCUAGACCCCGCUAGAACAUAAGUCAGGUCUAAUAAAGGCCUUUCCUGUGAAGGAACUACCUUACUGACUAUUAAUAUGCAGCAAAUUAGGAGUUUAUUGAAGCAAAAGUUGUAGUUAGUUAGUUAAUUGUGAGAAAUGGUCUCUAAACUAAAGUGACCAAUAUUACUUAGCUGAAUAACAGUAAUUAAUUAAAAAAUAAAAAAUAUUGUUAUUAUUGCGUACUAUAGCAUAAGCAGUACUGCUCACCCUAUAAUAAUAACUUCUACUAUUAAUGUGUAUUUAAAGACAUGUAUUAAUAUUUGUAACAGU